UUAUCAGGCGCUUCUUCAAUUGGAGUAUGCUAUGGAAUGGUGGCCAACAACUUGCCACCACCAAGAGAAGUAAUUGACAUGUACACAUCGAAUCAAAUCGGACGAAUGAGACUCUACGAUCCAAACCUAGAAGCAUUCGAAGCCCUUCGCAAUACUGCCAUCGAAGUCCUAGUUGGAGUUAGGAAUGAGGAUCUUCAACAACUUGCAAACUCCUACUCUGCUGCUCAGAACUGGAUAGCAACAUACAUAACACCUUAUUCGCACCAAAUCCAAUUUCGAUACAUAGCUGUUGGCAAUGAGGUCAUUCCAGGAGACUCUGCCCAGUAUGUCCUCCCAGCAAUGAAAAACUUGCAAAAUGCUUUGGGCAAUAGAUGCAUCAAGGUCAGCACUUCAAUUGCAACAUCAGUCUUGGGUGUAUCUUACCCUCCCUCAGCUGGAGCCUUUUCUCAAGACACCAUGGAGUACAUGGUACCUAUUGCUCGAUACCUCAAUAGCAUUGGUGCACCCUUAUUAGCCAAUGUGUACCCUUAUUUUGCCUACAUUGGAGACACAAUUGACAUUUCACUGCCUUAUGCAUUGUUCGUUUCUGGGAAGGUCGUGACAGACGGUCGUCUAAGUUAUGAUAACCUGUUUGACUCCAUGGUGGAUGCAUUACAUGCAGCACUGGGGAAAGCAGGGGCGCCCCAAGUCCAAGUCGUGGUGUCCGAGACAGGCUGGCCCUCCCAUGGGAAUGGGAUGGUGACAACACCGGCCAAUGCACAAAUAUACAAUUCGAACCUAAUAAGCCACGUCUUAUCGUCCCGUGGAACACCAAGGCGGCCGGGGAACUCCACCGAGACUUACUUGUUUUCCAUGUUUAAUGAGAACAUGAAGCCUGGUGCAGCAGUGGAGCAACACUGGGGUCUCUUUCAUCCCAACAAGUGGCCCGUUUAUCCAAUCAGUUUCCUGUGAACAAAAAUUAAAGAACAAAGCAUGGUUUCAGUAAUUUAUGUGGUUAUACAGUUAGGAUUUGUUAUUUAUUUUCAUAAUUAGGAUGUAAUUUGUCUCUAAACAUUGCAACAUUAUUAGAUUUCUUGUCA